AACCUGGAGCGCGCGCUGGGGCUGCGCUCCUACGAGCUGGCCAUGAACCACCUGGCCGACAUGGGCGCGUGCGGGGCCUGCUGGGCGUUCAGCGCCGUGGGCGCCCUGGAGGGGCAGCUCCAGCUGCGCACGGGCCGCCUCGUGUCGCUGAGCGCGCAGAACCUCGUCGACUGCUCCGUCAUGUACGGCAACAAGGGCUGCGCCGGCGGCUUCAUGACCAGGGCCUUCCAGUACAUCAUCGACAACCAGGGCAUCGACUCGGACGCCGCCUACCCCUACACGGCGCAGAACGGGACGUGCCAAUACAACGUGUCCACGCGCGCGGCCACCUGCUCCAAGUACGUGGAGCUGCCCUACGCCGACGAGGCGGCCCUCAAGGACGCCGUGGCCAACGUGGGCCCCGUGUCGGUCGCCAUCGACGCCACCCAGCCAACCUUCUUCUUGUACAAGUCAGGGGUGUACGAUGACCCCCGGUGCACCCAGGAGGUGAAUCACGGCGUGCUUGUCAUCGGAUAUGGCACUCUCGAUGGCAAGGAUUACUGGCUUGUGAAAAACAGCUGGGGCGAGUACUUCGGCGACAAGGGCUACAUCCGCAUGGCUAGAAACCACGGAAAUCACUGCGGGAUCGCCAGCUACGGCUCUUAUCCAGUGAUAUAG